AUGUUCCUGGUCUGCGUCACCAACACCUGCCCCUCGAGCAUCCUCGCCAUCGCUUACGACUGGAAGCUCGCCAGGUCGUGCUUGAGAACGAUACGAGCGGGCACUGGCGACGGAGGCGGUGACAUCGAUCCGCACGCUGGCAUUGCUCACGCUAAGGAGCCGACCUGUAACGAAGACAACGCCUCACCCGACCACAUUGCCAAGCUUGCGCUUACAACUAUCACAUUCGGCUCGCCGAGUUUCCCGUCGUCGCAGUCGCUCGAGUUCCUCUUCAUUGCGCUCGGCUUAUGUUUCGGCUCGCGGCUCAUCGUCAUGGGCGAGUACACGUUGACGCAGUUCCUUGUCGUCUUCCUGUCCAUGUCGUUUGGUGUUCAGGCGGCGGCUGCGUUCGACUGUAUCACUUCGCUACUAGACAGGCUCGGCACGGCGUACGGGUCGGAGGAUCUGCAGCUCUUGAGCGAGCAGCGGCAGCGUGUUCUCAGACGGGCAUUGAUCCGGCAAUGUCGGCGAGGGACACCCAGAGCGAACGGUCGGGAGGCGCUGGACCGGGCGGCAGCAGAGAACCGCACGGCGAUUGCGGUGUCGCGCAGGCUAGGCGACAUCAGGUACGUGAGCAUCGGUAUGGUAUUCGCGGACAGGCGGAUUGUAGACAGAGGCACGCAGGACGAGCUGCUGGGUGAUCGGCUGGCCGUUGGUAGAACUCUCCGAUGGUGGAGAUUCGCGUAA